UGCAGGCAUCCAGCACACGUCCGGAGUGCAUCAUCAUGCAGGAGAUUGAAGAGGAGCGCAGCCAGUGCUUGGCAGAGCUUAUUGGGGAUAACCAGACUUCAGGUUGCAGGAGGCAAUGGGACAACAUCACGUGCUGGCCUGAAGCGGAGGUGGGAGAAGUUGUGGUACGGCCGUGCCCAAAGUACUUCAGAUUCCUCACCACUUUUCUCGGGAACGUGACCAGGAAUUGCACAAGCCAGGGCUGGACAGAUGUGUACCCUGCGCCAUAUGCCGUAGCUUGUGGAUAUGAUUCCAACAGCACUCCAGGGGAAGAGCAAACGGCGUUCUAUGGCACAGUCAAGACCGGCUACACCAUUGGACAUACCUUAUCGCUCCUUGCUCUCACAGCUGCUAUGAUCAUUUUAUGUCUCUUCAGAAAACUACACUGUACUCGAAAUUAUAUUCAUAUGCACCUCUUCAUGUCCUUCAUAAUGAGAGCCAUCGCAGUCUUCAUAAAAGAUGUCAUCCUAUUUGAAAGCGGAGAAUCUGAACACUGCUUUGUGAGUUCAGUAGGCUGCAAAGCCAUGAUGGUUUUCUUCCAGUACUGCGUCAUGGCCAACUUCUUCUGGCUCCUGGUGGAGGGCUUGUAUCUUCACACCCUGUUGGUCAUCUCCUUCUUUUCAGAGAGGAAGUACUUUUGGUGGUACAUCUUGAUUGGCUGGGGUGCACCCUCCAUGUUCAUCACUGCUUGGACUAUUGUCAGGAUUUACUUUUUCGAUGUUGGGUGCUGGGAGGAAAUAGUGGAAUCCCCAUUCUGGUGGAUCAUUAAAACUCCUAUUUUGGUGUCUAUUUUGGUGAACUUCAUCCUCUUCAUUUGCAUCAUCCGUAUCUUAGUCCAGAAGUUGCAUUCCCCAGACGUUGGACACAAUGAAACCAGCCAAUAUUCGAGGCUGGCCAAGUCCACCUUGCUGCUGAUCCCUCUCUUUGGCAUUCACUACAUCAUGUUUGCUUUCUUCCCUGACAAUUUCAAAGCAGAAGUUAAGCUGGUCUUUGAGCUUGUGGUUGGGUCGUUCCAGGGGUUUGUGGUGGCUGUUCUGUACUGUUUUCUCAAUGGGGAGGUCCAGGCUGAGCUCAAGCGAAAGUGGCGGAGGUGGCAUCUGGAGCGGUUCCUGGGCUCGGACAUGAAGUAUCACCACCCUUCCUUAGGCAGCAAUGGCACCAACUUCAGCACCCAGAUCUCCAUGCUGACCAAGUGCUCACCAAAGACACGCCGGUGCUCCGGCUUCCAGGCUGAAUUCUCUCUGGUGUGAUGGGGAGAGGCUCUCUGAGCACUGAGCAUCCAAGAGAGAAACUGAGAGACAGAAGGAUCCCCAGGAAUCAGCACUACGAUGACAAACCCUUGUGAAAUUACAUGCUCCGCAUGAGCCAACAGAGGACACAAAACUGGAAAAGCCACUGGCAUCCAGAACAAGAGGCAGAGAAAUACUUUCCCUCUGCCUCUUUUCAGACUUUUCACUCUUAAGUUUCAAGGCCUCAGGGGUUGGUAACUAUGAGUAAAGGUCCCAGUCACUUGAGGAGAGCCUGGGAGAUCCUGAUGUGUCAUAAAUAAUGAAGUAGGGGGGGUAAAGGAGGGGAGAGCCUGAGUCCUUGGUGGCUUUACCAGAACUGGCAUCUCUGAAACAGAUAAAUUGCACUUUUUCAAAAAUGAGCCAGUAAAGGAGAGAGGGAGGCAAGAAGCAGGAAAAAAAAAAGAAAUGCCAAACAUAUGAAUGUGCCAAAAGUCCCGUUGAUAAGAGGUGGUGAUAAGGCACCGAAGACAGAGUCAGGGACAUGGGGAGAAGGGACAGGAGGAACAUGAGCAGGAAGGGGAGAGGCCAGCGCACGGCCCCUGCCUCUGCAUUUUAGACGUGUGAAGACGAAGCUGCAGCACCAGGAAAGCCCCUCAGAGGAUGCCACAGUGCUGUGGUGUGUUCUGCUAAUUGCCCACCAUCCUUGCUAGCAAAAGCUUUCCAAGCACCCUUGGGUGCCCUCUGGAAAAGCAGGUCGCUGAGAAGGAACAGCGCGAAUGCCCUUCUCUGCGCUAUGUUCAUGACAUCGUGUUUUGUUUGGUUGUUUUCAAUGAACAGGAAACUCGAUUUGCAUGUAUAAAAACCAGGUACAGAUGCC